AUGCUAUCUUCCAAGGAAAUACGUAUCAUAACACUGCUUUUCGUCGACUCGGUCUUUUGUAUUCUGGAGUUGAGUAUUGGGUACACUACGCACUCGUUGGCCUUGAUUGCAGAUGCCUUCCAUAUGUUGAACGAUAUAGUCUCGUUACUCAUUGCACUAUGGGCAGUGAAUGUGGCCAAGAAUAGGAACGCCGAUUCGAAAUAUACCUAUGGUUGGAAACGUGCGGAGAUUCUGGGUGCGUUGAUGAAUGCGGUGUUUCUUAUCGCGUUAUGUUUCUCUAUUAUCGUAGAAGCAUUGCAAAGAUUGAUUGAUCCUCCAGAUAUUUCCAACCCACGUCUAGUGAUGUAUGUUGGGUUCUUUGGGUUGUUAUCGAACAUCUUUGGUUUGUUUUUAUUCCAUGAUGGUGCAGGCCAUGGAGGCCAUGGUCAUUCUCAUGGGUUUGACGCAUCGGAUGGCAAUGCCAACGAUUUGGAACAUUCUCAUGAACAUUCUCAUUCUCAACAAGAAUCGAAUUACACCUCGUUAUCAUCCAGUAACCCAUCUACAGAAGAUAUUAGAAAUAUCUUGCCCGAUGCUGUUGUUUCAAGAGUUAUUGAUGAACGUACCAAUUUGUUGCAUCAUCAAACACCUGCAGGCGGUGCAGAUUUGGAUUCCAAACAUCCUCUAUUGACGAAUGGUACUACUUCCACCACUACUGUUGUUUCCAAUACGAGAAAACAACCAAAGAAGGCCAAAUCAUUAAACAUGCAAGGUGUGUUUUUACACGUUCUUGGAGAUGCUUUGGGUAACAUUGGUGUUAUUGUUUCUGCGUAUUUCAUUUGGAAAACCGAUUACUCUUGGAGAUUCUACGCGGACCCUCUAGUUUCUUUAUUCAUCACCAUGAUUAUCUUUUCCAGUGCCAUCCCAUUAUCACGUAAGUCGUCCAAGAUUCUAUUGCAAGCCACUCCAUCCAACGUUUCUGCCGAUGAAGUUAAAGAUGAGAUUUUGAAAAUCGACGGUGUUGUGUCUAUCCACGAUUUCCACAUUUGGAACUUGAACGAAUCGUUUUACAUUGCUACUUUACACGUCUACAUCAAUGAACAUCCCGAAAACUUUUCGCAAGUGGCUCUUUUGAUUAGAGAUAUUUUCCACAGUUAUAACAUUCACAGUGUCACAGUCCAACCUGAAUUUCUACUAAACGACGAACAGUCCCAGUCGAAUUCGAACUCGAACUCGAACUCGAACUCGAAUUCGAACUCUGCACCAUCAAUUACAAACCCAAGCGGCGGCAGUAGCCUCGACCACACGACUGCGGUGUUGCCUCAAGAAAACCACCCAUACGGGUCUACGCAGGACUUGAUGUCUUAUUGCAUGGCUGACGAAAGAGCCAAAUGCAAUGCUACGGAUUGUUUAAGACACUGA